AUGCACGAGUUGACGUGCCAAGAUACCAUAGCUUCUUCUUGGGCUUUUUCUUUACCAUGCACUUUCUGGAAGCGAGGAACAGUGUGGGGGGUGAGGCGCACGGUGCCCUUUCGGGAUGCGCUGCUUACCCUUCUACUUCUGGUCUCCUUCAUGCAGGUCACUAUCACAGCGGCACAGAAAAUAAAUGUCACAGUCCUCGAAGUCCUGAAUACGGAGAAUCCACGUUAUACAGAAACCGUGAAGGCAUACAGACACGGCUUCCUUGCCUCUCUAUGGCACCGAAACCACACCGGUCGGACAGCGGAUGUGAAUGUUGUUCACAAGGUUGUUACCGAAGGCAAUAUUGCUGCAACGAUCGAAGACGUUUUGAAUCAACAUAAUGACCUCUUAACGAUGGUUGGACCGGUGUCUUCGCCACUGUUAUUGGCUGCCAGGGAGACCCUCCAGAAACAUAAUAUUGUUGCGUUCGCACCGCUUAUUGAUGAUUUGUCCGUGCGAUUCUGGGACAAACACUUCUAUUUCCUAAUGGGAGACAUGAAUGUCGCUGUGUAUACCCUGAUGCGCUACGCCAUGGCUUACUUGCGUGUGCUGCGCGUGGGCUUUAUGUACAUGACAGGUGUAGUUUAUGGCGAACAUGAGUACAAGCUUGCUGAGAAACUGAUGGCUGACACAGGCCGCAGUAUUGGCGGCGUGUUUUGUCUGGAUGGCUUGCGAGGUUUCACCUCGAGCGAUGCAGAAUUCCAGGAGGAAUGGGAGAAGUUUGUGGAAACCCGUCCACAAGCUGUUCUUGUCAUGGGUACUGCAACAGAAACCACUAAGUCUUUCAUCAGAAUGCUGUUCACGGACAACCGUACAAGUGAAAUAUACGUGAUGGCACCGGCAAGACUACAGGAACUACUACUCUCAGUCUGGCGAGAUGUUGAGGCAACGGGUACUCCCGUUCAGCCUGGGAGGGUUUUCACGACAGGGUCAAACCCAUUAGCGAGUGACACCAGCUACAAAUGCAUCAAGAGAUUUCAGGAGGUAAUGGGACUCUACCUGAAAAACAGUGGUCAGUCAGAAUACCAGGAUGACCUACAGCACCUCCACGACGUAACAAGUGGUGAAAUGAUGGUUGCUGGCUGGAUGGCUGGCGAAGUGUUUAUGCAGACUCUUGAUUCCUAUGAUUCAUCACGUGAUCGCGAUUGGUAUGUCACGUCACUUUUUGCCCAGCGUCGCUACUUGGUUGACGACUUUGUCAUUGGUGACUUUGGAGACACCAUUGAUCCCGUUGCUGCUGCGCAGGGUGCCAUGUCCGAGUGCAAUCAGGGAGGCAACCUCAUUUAUCUGAAGGAGUUCGAAAACUCCUCUCUGGCCAAAACUCUGCCGGAAGGACAGUACACAAGCAAGCUGACGGAUUGUUAUCCAAGCUAUGUUAUGCACGAUCCUGCACUUGCUGUGACGUUUCUCCUUACUGACUUUGAUAAUUCUGGGUUGUACGUGGCAGAGCAGAUCUUGGCUGGUUUGGAGGGUGCUAUUGACCCUAAUGCUAACCACCUUUACAAUCUAAAGAUUCUCCCGGCGUUGAUUGCUGAAACAGGGAAUAGGCUAGAGCUGGAACAGCAGACAUCACCUACUGACAUUGUGGUGGGGCUUGUAACUGAUGAGAUGUUGAGUGCACCAGAGGUCGUGUUCAUAGAUCCCAUUUUUUUUAAUUCGCGCCUGAAUUCCUUCAUACGGAAUGUGAUUCUGCUUGGACCGACAACUGAGCAGCAGGUGUACGUACUGGCCCAGUACCUUGCCAGCACAAGCGAUCCCUCUGGUAAUGCUGUGGUGCGCGGUAGUAUGGCUGAGGCCACCUUGGACGUUGUGCGCCGCUCCUUCGUAACGUUUGGCGUCUCUCUACGUUCUGGUGCGACGCUGGGAGCAGAUGAAUCCCUAGAGGGUAAACUGUCGGCAAGCGGCCUUACGCUUGCAAUCGAGAUUCUGGAACAGGACAUUGAGGUCAUGGCAAGGCACCUGGAGAAGAAUAAGGACGCUCGCCUGGCGGUGCUCUUUUCGCCGUUCGCCGUCUUCUACCCCCAGUUUUUGCGUUUCUUCUCCGGGAAAGAGAUUGCGGAGAGAAUGCUGAUUACUACGAGUUUGCCUCACUGGGCAGACCCGAAAGCAUCGAUUAUGGUGUCGCGGUACCACGAGGUGUUCAAAGAUAGUGCGCAGUGGUCACCGCUCUCCCUGAGCACCUUUGUCAGCACCAGCACAACACAAUCUAUCGCGCAGGGGUUGGAUAUUGUCGACUCGACCACCAUUGCGAACUAUUUCUACUCUAGGGUAAUGGUGACAGUGGAUGACAUGAUGUACGGCCCCUAUACGGAUGGAAACAGCACCACAUGUACUGGUAGUGAGGCUACAGGAUCUGGUUGUGGGAGGAACUACGGUGCCACGUCAAUCUCUGUGUGGCCACUGACUCGUGCCUUUGAUUCCUCUGUGCCACCGCUGAUGGAGGGUAUUACGCCCUCCAUGAUAUACCGGGAGCCCGAGAUCAAGGGACUGACGAAACGACAAAUUAUUGGAAUUGCUGUUGGGGCUGUAUUUGUGUUUCUACUGAUUCCCGCUCUGCUUAUGUUUGUUUUCUGUCGCCUCCGCAACAGUCGCGACAACGAGAAUGCGCCUAAGGAGCCGACGGACCCUGUGACACUGGUGUUCACUGACAUUGAGAGCAGCACGGCGCUGUGGGCUGCGUGUCCGGAGAUCAUGCCCGACGCUGUGGCGACGCACCACCGCCUGAUCCGUGCGCUGAUUGCAAAGUACCGCUGCUACGAGGUGAAGACGAUUGGUGAUUCGUUCAUGAUUGCGUGCAGGAGUGUGUUUGCGGCUGUGCAGCUUGCGCGUGAGCUGCAGCAGUCGUUUCUGCAGUAUGACUGGGGUACGAGUGCCAUUGAAGCCGCGUACCAUGUGUUCGAGGAGGGGAAGGCAGAGGAGGACGAUGAGUACGUGCCGCCGACUGCACGCCUCGACGCUGCUGUGUACGGGCAGUACUGGAAUGGUCUGCGUGUUCGUGUUGGGAUGCACACCGGGCUUGCUGACAUCCAGCACGACGAGGUGACGAAGGGGUACGACUACUACGGCAGCACGUCGAACAUGGCUGCACGCACGGAGAGCGUUGCGAACGGCGGGCAGGUGCUGCUGACGCGGGCGACGUACAUGGCGCUGAGCACAGCUGAGCGUGAGCAGCUGGACGUGACUGCGCUGGGCCCUGUGGCGCUGCGUGGCGUGCCGAAGCCUGUGGAGAUGUACCAGCUGGACGCAGUGCCCGGCCGCACCUUCGCUGCACUGCGGCUUGACAAUGUUAAUGAGGAACUGCUGGGUGACACAUCAACAAGUGAUGGUUGUUCUUCCGAACCGUUGAAGGGUGAGGUGCCAAAUCCCGCUAUUGAAGCUCUCACCAAUCUGCUAACUAUAAUAUUCAGUCCGUUUCCAUUGAAUCAACGAGCAAAAGCCAUGCAACCACUGCUACAGCGAUGGAACGUGAAUAUCGCAUCUAAACCUGCCAGCAUGUCUCAUGAAGACUACUGCCGUGACCUUACAGAUAAAUUGGGACUAAAGUUGUGCCGUGUUAUUGAUCGCAGGGCUCAAGUGUUGACUGAGAGUUCGCACGGUGCCGGUGGCACUUCGGAAGCGGGACGUGGAAGCCUUUCCCACAGUCUUGUUGAUCGACUUUUGGGACGAAAUUCUAUCGUUAGCUUUUCAGAAGCGCGCCGAUCAUUGGCUGUAUUGUAUGCACCUGUGGAGGUAACAGAUAUGAGCGGGAGCGAUUCGAACGUGACUAUUGAGGUGCGUAAGUCACUCCCAACUUCCAGGGUUGGAAUGUAA